AUGGAUCAUACUAAUAACAAGCUUGUAGCCGUUUUGCUGAUGUUCUUCUCAAGUAUCUUGCUUAUGAGAACAUCAAUGGCUGCUUACAACUAUAAUGUAGUCAAGUUUGGUGCUAAACCGGACGGUCGAACCGAUUCCACAAAAGCAUUCCUCAGUGCGUGGCAAGCGGCUUGCCGUUCAGCUGCAAGUGUCAUUGUAACGGUCCCAAAGGGGAGCUUCUUGCUAAAACCGGUGGAGUUUCGUGGUCCUUGCCGUAGUAGUAUCACGUUUCAGAUCUAUGGAACGAUUGUAGCUCCUUCAGAUUACCGUGGUUUGGGUAAUUCCGGUUAUUGGAUCUUGUUCGUGAAAGUAAACCGGAUCACAAUCAAUGGAGGAAAAUUAGAUGCUAGAGGUGCUUCCUUUUGGGCUUGUAGAAAAUCUGGAAAGAGUUGUCCUGCUGGAGCCAGAUCGAUGACGUUCAACUGGGCAAACAACGUCGUAGUGACCGGCUUAACGUCAAUAAACAGUCAAGUAACACAUUUAGUGAUAAACAGCUGCAACAAUGUGGUAGUCCGGAAAGUAAAGCUAGUGGCUCCAGAUCAAAGUCCCAACACAGAUGGCCUCCACGUCCAAAAUUCUGCUGGUGUGACCGUAACCGAUAGCACGUUUCAGACAGGAGACGACUGUAUCUCUAUUGGUCCAGGAACUCGUAACCUCUACAUGUCUAAACUUAACUGCGGCCCAGGCCACGGAAUCAGUAUUGGGAGUCUAGGGAGAGAUGCUAAGGAAGCUGGAGUACAGAAUAUAACGUUGGUAAACUCUGUUUUUUCGGGUUCGGAUAAUGGUGUUCGGAUCAAGUCAUGGGCUAGACAAAGCACAGGUUUUGUGAGGAACGUUUUGUUUCAGAAUCUGAUCAUGAAAAACGUUCAGAAUCCGAUCAUUGUUGAUCAGAACUAUUGUCCGAAUCAUCAAGGAUGUCCUAAGCAGGGUUCAGGGGUGAAGAUUAGUCAGGUUGUGUAUAGGAAUAUUCAAGGGACAUCACGAACGCAACAAGCUUUAAAGUUUGAUUGUAGUCGCAGUAAUCCGUGCCAAGCGAUUAGAUUGCACGAUAUUAAGCUAACGUUCAACGGUCGGUCCGCUACUUCACAAUGUAAAAAUAUUAAAGGAGUUAAGGCUGGUGUGGUGACGCCACAAGGUUGUCUUUGA